AUUGGAGGUCGCUCCGCGCUCAUUUCCAAGCUAGUGGCUUUCAUGAAAGACACUGUAUACAAGACCCGUAUCCCUUCUGUCACGAAACGUCGAACUGGUCUCCAGCAUUUCAUGCGCAUGGGAGUUCAACUUUGGAGUCUCACCAUUGACGAACAGCGCAAGGUGCUCUCCCAGGAGGACGCCACGUGCUACGCCGCCUCGGAGAGUGACUAUGAAUGGAACGACCCUGAGCAGCCAUUCAUUGAAGUUGACGACGACAGUGACGAAGAAGAGGAGCAGGACAAGAGCGAGACUUAA